AUGAUGGAAGUGCUUCAAUUCCCUUCACCUUCAAGCUGUUCAUCAUCUCCAUGUGCUCGCUUAAACUCCAAUGAUGCUCCACACCAAACUUCCCUUCUUAACAACAAUGACCAAACCGAAACUGUUAUUCACCGUUUUCAGAUUCAACAACACCAGCAGCAGCAACAGAUUCAAGAUAAGGAAAGAGAAAGAGAUCAGCUUUCUAUUUUGACUCUUCUGAUUGCUACUUUUAGAAAAUCUUUGAUUGGUUGUAGCACCACUGCUUCUGAUAUUGCUUCUUCCAUGGAAAUUGGGUGGCCUUCUAACGUUAGACAUGUUGCUCAUGUUACUUUUGAUCGCUUUCAUGGCUUUCUUGGGUUGCCUGUUGAGUUUGAACCUGAAGUUCCAAGAAGACCUCCAAGUGCUAGCACAAGUGUUUUUGGUGUUUCAACAGAAUCUAUGCAGCUUUCUUUCGAUGCCAGAGGAAAUAGUGUGCCUACAAUACUUCUCUUAAUGCAAAGACAUCUGUAUGCACAAGGAGGUCUGCAGGCUGAAGGAAUCUUCAGAAUUAAUGCUGAAAAUGGUCAAGAGGAGUUUGUGAGGGAACAAUUGAAUAGAGGAGUGGUACCGAAUGGCAUUGAUGUGCACUGCUUGGCAGGUCUUAUAAAGGCUUGGUUCAGAGAACUUCCAACAGGGAUAUUGGACCCUCUUUCGCCUGAGCAGGUGAUGCAGUCCCAAUCAGAAGAAGAAUGUGCUCAGCUUGUUAGGCUUCUUCCUCCAACAGAAGCUGCCCUCCUAGAUUGGGCAGUCAACCUAAUGGCAGAUGUUGCUCAACUAGAACAUUUGAACAAGAUGAAUGCACGUAAUGUUGCAAUGGUUUUUGCACCAAACAUGACUCACAUGGUAGAUCCUUUGACUGCUCUGAUGUAUGCUGUACAAGUCAUGAAUUUCCUCAAGACUCUAGUAGUGAUGACACUAAAAGAAAGAGAGGAGUCAAUCACCAAAUUGAACCCCGUAUCGAACCUAAAUUCCUUUGACGACGACGGGCAUCAAAAUGAUUCACAAGUCCUUUUCAAGGAUGAAAGUGAAUAUGGAAACAAUUUUAGUGACGAAGACACAGUAUUUGUCACCGCUGAACCUUCGCAUCAAAGCCCUAUUCAUCUUUUCAAAGAUGGCUGUGAAACUGAAAGCGGAUCCAAAAGUCUGCCAACAUCUGCCGAAAAUUUUAUUUCAAGCGGAAAUAGGUUGCUUGUUGACAGUUGUCCUUGCGGUGUUGUCUCUCAAAUUUGCUCUCUGGCAAUGGGGGAUCAAACAAAAAUCUGUAACAACAAAAGCCUUCAGUUGAAUACUUCUGAUACAGACAAGUGUUCAGCAGGAGCGGUGGAGAAGAACAGGGGAAUUGCACUUAUUGGAUGUAUAAAUUCAAGAUCUGAGUUGGCCGAUUCUUGGCGUUGA